AUGUCGACUCCCGCUAAAAGAAGACUAAUGCGUGAUUUCAAGCGCAUGCAACAAGAUGCACCUAGUGGUGUAUCAGCAUCGCCAUUGCCUGAUAAUGUGAUGUCUUGGAAUGCUGUAAUUAUAGGGCCUGCCGAAACACCCUUUGAAGAUGGAACUUUUCGUUUAGUUCUACAAUUUGAUGAACAAUAUCCCAAUAAACCGCCCACUGUUAAGUUCAUUAGCGAGAUGUUCCAUCCAAAUGUGUAUGCACUGGGUGAGCUAUGCUUAGAUAUUUUACAAAAUAGGUGGUCCCCAACAUACGAUGUUUCGAGUAUAUUAACAUCUGUUCAGUCUUUACUCAAUGACCCAAAUAUUAGCUCUCCAGCGAAUGUGGAGGCUGCAAAUCUAUACAAAGACCAUAGAUCUCAAUACAUUAAAAGAGUCAGAGAAACAGUAGAAAAGAGUUGGAUUGAAGAUGAUGAAGAUGAUGAGGAUGACGAGGAUGACGAUGAAGACAUUGCUGAGGCAAGUUAA